GCGUGUCGUGUUUGUGGCAAAAAAAAAAAAGGUUUGAAAAUUUGCAUUGAGAAAGUGCAAGAAAGUGGUGUCUUAGGGAAUUCCAACCAUUCCAAUUUUCCCCAAUUCCUAGCCAUUAAUCCGUUUGAGAGCUGGCGCGCCUGCGUUUCGAUUAUCAUUGUUUACUGGGCUGCCUACGUGUCUAGAAAUACCGAGAACCCCAGCGGAAGCCCCGUGAAAUGUGGGGUUUUCUCCUAAUCCCAGUAAUCCUCGGCUGCGCAGCCGGGGAAUUCAGCGAGGUGAGGGUGGUGCAGGAAAUGGACAACUUCCUGGAGAAGCCGCACUAUCUGAAGAACCAGGAAAUCGGCGAACUCUUCUCGCAGCUGGCCAAGGAUUAUGCCGACCUGGCGCAGACCUAUACGAUAGGCAAAUCCCUGGAGGAUCGACCCAUCUACGCUUUGGCCUUGAGUGCACCCACCGGGGAGUCCAAGGAGGGGGAUCUACUCAGGCCCAUGGUCAAGCUGGUCGCGAAUAUUCGCGGCGACGAGACGGUGGGUCGUCAAAUGGUCCUCUAUAUGGCCGAAUAUCUGGCCUCCCACUACGAUGGCGAUACGGAGGUUCAGGCGCUGCUCAAUCGCACCGAAAUCCACUUCCUGCCCACCUGUAAUCCCGAUGGAUUCGUCAGGGCCCAGGAGGGCAACUGCGAAUCGCUGCCCAAUUAUGUGGGACGUGGCAAUGCGGCCAAUAUCGACUUGAAUCGCGAUUUCCCCGAUCGCCUGGACCAGAGUCAUGUCCACCAGUUGCGCGCCCAAUCCCGUCAGCCGGAAACGGCGGCCCUGGUCAAUUGGAUUGUCAGCAAGCCCUUCGUGCUGUCCGCCAACUUUCACGGCGGAGCCGUGGUCGCCAGCUAUCCCUACGAUAACUCGCUGGCCCACAACGAGUGCUGUGAGGAGAGUCUGACCCCCGACGAUCGGGUCUUCAAGCAGCUGGCCCACACCUAUUCGGACAACCAUCCGAUAAUGAGCAAGGGCAACAACUGCAACGACAGCUUCUCGGGCGGCAUUACCAACGGGGCCAAUUGGUACGAGCUAUCCGGCGGAAUGCAGGACUUCAACUAUGCGUUCAGCAACUGCUUUGAGCUGACCAUCGAGCUGUCGUGCUGCAAAUAUCCGGCGGCCAGCACUUUGCCCCAGGAAUGGCAGCGGAACAAGGCGUCGCUGCUGCAGCUGCUGCGCCAGGCGCAUAUCGGCAUCAAGGGUCUGGUGACGGACGUAAGCGGCUUCCCGAUACCCGAUGCCAAUAUCUAUGUGGCCGGAUUGGAGGAGAAGCCGAUGCGCACCUCGAAACGGGGCGAAUACUGGAGGCUCUUGACACCGGGACUGUAUAGCGUGCAUGCGGCAGCCUUUGGCUACCAGACCAGUGCCCCCCAACAAGUGCGGGUGACCAACGAUAACCUGGAGGCCCUGCGGCUGGACUUCAAGCUGACGCCCGUCGAGACGAACUUUGAUGGCAACUUCCGGAAGGUAAAGGUCGAGCGCUCGGAGCCGCCAGAGAAGCGCAAGGAGCAGUUCAAUGGAUUCCUGACGCCCACCAAGUUCGAGCACCACAACUUUACGGCCAUGGAGAGCUUCCUGAAGGACAUUUCCGCCAGCUAUCCCUCGAUCACCCGGCUCUACAGCAUCGGCAAAAGUGUCCAGGAUCGCGAUCUGUGGGUGCUGGAGAUCUUCGCCACCCCGGGCUCCCAUGUCCCCGGAGUGCCGGAGUUCAAGUACGUGGCCAAUAUGCACGGCAACGAGGUUGUGGGCAAGGAGUGCCUCCUGCUGCUCACCAAGUACAUGCUGGAACGCUAUGGCAACGAUGAGAGGAUCACCAGGCUGGUGAACGGCACUCGGAUGCACUUUCUGUACAGCAUGAAUCCCGAUGGCUAUGAGAUCUCCAUCGAGGGCGAUCGAACCGGCGGCGUGGGACGCGCGAAUGCGCAUGGCAUCGAUUUGAACCGCAAUUUCCCGGAUCAAUAUGGCACCGAUAGGUUCAACAAGGUGACGGAGCCCGAGGUGGCGGCCCUGAUGAACUGGACCCUGUCGCUGCCCUUCGUCCUGUCCGCCAAUCUGCACGGCGGCUCGCUGGUGGCCAACUAUCCGUUCGACGACAACGAGAACGACUUCAACGAUCCGUUCAUGAGGCUGCGCAACUCGAGCAUCAACGGACGCAAGCCCAAUCCGACGGAGGACAAUGCUUUGUUCCGGCACCUGGCCGGUAUCUAUUCGCGGGCCCAUCCCACCAUGCAUUUGGGCCAGCCGUGCGAGCUCUUCCGCAACGAGUUCUUCAGCGACGGCAUCACGAACGGGGCCCAGUGGUACAGCGUGACGGGGGGCAUGCAGGAUUGGAACUAUGUGCGGGCAGGCUGCUUGGAGCUGACCAUCGAGAUGGGUUGCGAUAAGUUCCCCAUGGCCGCCGAACUGCCGCGCUACUGGGAGGAGCAUCGGGAGCCGCUGCUGCAGUUCAUCGAGCAGGUGCAUCAUGGCAUUCACGGGUUCGUGCACAGCACCAUCGGCACUCCGAUUGCCGGGGCCGUCGUCCGUUUGGAUGGUGCGAAUCACUCGAGCUACAGUCAGACAUUCGGGGACUACUGGAAGCUGGCGCUGCCGGGUAGACACAAUCUCACCGUUCUGGGCGACAACUAUGCUCCGCUGCGCGUGGAAGUGGAGGUGCCCGAGGGCGAACCCUUCGAGAUGCGCAUGGAUGUCACCCUCAUGCCCGACGAUCCGCAGCACUGGGCCUCGGCGAAUGACUUUAGGAUCAUCGAGAAUGUGGUCAACACGCGGUACCACACGAAUCCGCAGGUUCGCGCCCGCCUCGCUGAGCUGGAGAACCAGAAUGGGCAGAUUGCGAGCUUUGGCUAUGGCGACAAUGAGUUCAGCAGAUCGUUCAACUACCUCAAGAUGACCUCUGAUAUCGGCGAACCCGAGGAGCACAAGUACAAGCUGCUGGUGGUGAGCUCCCUGUACGAUACAGCCGCUCCCCUGGGCAGGGAAAUCAUGCUCAACCUGGUGCGUCACCUGGCCGAGGGCUUCAAGCUGCAGGACGCCACUGUGGUCGAUCUGCUCAAGCGCAGUGUCAUCUACUUUCUGCCGCAGACCAGUAGAUUCGACGAAGUCUUUACUAUGUACAACGCCAACUCCUCCGUUUGCGAUCCUGUGCUGGGCGAUGAGCUGGCCGAGCGCAUUCUCAGCCCGGAAACGGAGCCUUCCAAGGACUUGUUCCUGCAGUUCCUGCGCAGCGAACGCUUCGAUCUGAUGCUCACCUUCGGUGCCGGCAGCUCGGAGCUGAGCUACCCCAAGGGCGAUUCGGUGCUGGAGAAGUUUGCCCACGGCAUGCAGCGCACGGAGUUCAACUACUCGCCCCUGCAGUGCCCUCGCUCGGCGACCAGGCAGGCGCAUCGCGAGACCACGGAGCGGCUGACCAAUCUAAUGUACCGCAUGUACAACCUGCCUGUUUAUACGCUGGGCAUCUCCUGCUGCCGGAUGCCGCACCACAAGCAAAUCGCCGCCGUUUGGCGCAAGAACAUCGACAAGAUCAAGAACUUUUUGGCUCUGGUGAAGACGGGGGCCACGGGCUCGGUGCAAAACGAUCAGGGACAGCCGCUGCGGGAGGCCUUCGUGCGGCUGCUGGAGCACGAGAGGAUCAUCAAUGUGACGAGGAAUGCGGCGCGCUUCCAGCUGAUGCUGCCCCACGGUCUCUACGGCCUCGAGGUGACCGCUCCCAACUACGAGACGCAAAUGAUCAAGGUGAACGUGCAGGAGGGUCAGAUCACCGAUAUGGGCAUCAUACGCAUGCAUCCCUUCACGCUUAUUCGCGGCGUGGUCAUGGAGCUGCCCAAUGGUGCCAAUAAAGCCACCACUAGCAUUGCGGGCGUGGUGCUCGACGAGAGCAAUCAUCCGGUGCGCAAUGCCAAGGUCUCGGUGGUGGGCCACACGCAGCUGCGGAACUUCACCAACAGUUUGGGUCAGUACCGUUUGUCGUCGGUGCCGCUGGGCACCGUCAGCCUGAAAGUGGAGGCACCGCGUCAUCUGGAGGCCACGCGACAAAUGCACCUCAUUCAGGGCGGCCUGGCCACCGAGAAUGUGGUCUUCCACCUGAAGAUCAACGAGCAUGUCUUCGGACUGCCGCGCUUCCUGUUCAUCCUGAUCACCAGCAUUCUGAUCAUCGUGGGCGUCGUCAUCUGUGUGCUGUGCGCCCAGUUUUGGUUCUAUCGACGCCAUCGGGGCAACAAGCCGUACUACAACUUCUCGCUGCUGCCGCAAAAGGGCAAGGAGCAGUUCGAUCUGGAGGACGAUGAGGCGGGCGACGAUGGCGAGACGGAGCUCUUCCGGUCGCCAAUUAAACGCGGCAUGACCAUACAGCCGUACUUUGAUGAGGAGCAGCUGGAGCGCAUCCUGCACACGGAUGACGAGGACGACGAGGAGGAUGGGCCGCACAUGGAGCCGGAACUGGAUGUGGCCGACGACAGUGGCGACGAGAUUGUGAUGCUGCAUAACCACGGCAACAAGCGAAGGCACUAG